AUGGGCAAUGAUACGGAAAAUACAACCUCUCCACUGGCCUGGUGUUGGACAACUACCUACAUUGUUGUGCCUCUACCAAAUCUCAUCAAAACUACAGCAAUAUUUACCGCAUUUCUUACUGCUCUGCUUACGUUACUCUCGAUGCUUGGGAAUAGCCUUUACAUCCUCGUUUAUAUAAAGUAUCGUCGAUUUCAAACUGUAUCAAAUUUGUUACUUUUGAAUGUCAGUGUAAUUGGUUUCUUGCUUUCUUGCACAAGUCAGCCAAUGUUCGUUAUUCGAUGUUUCUUUGAGGUAUACGCAACGUAUAACUGCAUUUUGUGGGAAUUUCAACAUUUAAGUUUCCUGUAUUUAACUUGCGUUUACUUUUUAACAAUAUUUCUAAUAAGUUUUGAUAGAUUUUUGGCAACCUUUGUUCCAUUGCGUUACGCAGCCAUUUUCAAUCAAUCAAGAAUAACCUUAUGUGUAAUCCUGGCCUGGUGCAUUUCUUUUAUCAUCACUUCCUCAGUUGUUUUUGGUUAUUUUAUCUUUUAUGCUGUGAUUUGUCCACUUUUUAUCUUGACGAAAAUUUUGGUUGUGGCUAUUUAUAUGCGUAUUCUUCGACAAGCACGUUUUCAACGAAGGAAAAUUCAAAACCAAUUCCCAAGAACGAAAGUUACUGAAGAGAAAAACGCCAACAACAACAACAAUGAUACGAAUAUCCGUGAGAAAAAAGCAGAGAAAACUGUUUUAACUGUUGUCGUCUUGUUGUUAAUCACAGCUCUACCUGCAUUAGUUUUUGUUAUCGUUGUGUUGACAAGUAAAUAUGAUUUCAAACUCGCCUAUCUUUAUGGAAAUGUGUCGGAGACGGCAAUCUUUCUGGCAGCGACUUUGAGUCCUUUUGUAUACUGCUGGCGAAACAACGAGAUUCGUAAGGCAAUGGUGUGUUACUUAAGAAAACGAGAAUUCGAAACCGAGAGUUCAACACUCUAA